GUUUCACCCACCGCUAUUUGGGCUGGAAGAUACGCGUAGUGGACGAGUGUGACGGCGAGGAGCCGCAGGAGUCGCGCAUCGUGCAGACCGCACUCCCGGCCGACGACCUCCGCCAGGAGGAGUCCAUACAGUAGCGAUAAGGACACCGGCGUCCUCAUGGGCGAAACAUACGGGCCGGAACGCCGGCGACCGGAGAUUGAAUCGCCGAUAAUGACCACCGGACAGAUCCGCGACGUGAUCGAAGCCGUCGAGACCCUCGAGAGCCGCAUGCAGGAGGCGAAACACAACGCGUCACACGCGGCGCGACAGCCGCAGCCACCCGUGCCGCACCAGUACCGCGUGCACGAGGAGCCUGAGCCGGCGCCGGCGCGCGACGAGUUCCCGCGCGCACCGCCUGGAUACUUCCUGCCGCCCGGCGCGCCGCACACGCUGCAGAGCGUCAUGCGGCCCGACAGGCCAGAUCGGACGCGCGCGCCACCGCCGCCGCCCUACCGCCGCCCCUCGGGCCCCGAGCUGCCGCCGCGUCGGCCACCGCACGGCCCCUCGCCGCCCCCGUCCUAUCCGCCGAAGCCGAGCUUCCCGCUGUCAAUGCCGAUCACGCACGGCAUGCCUAAGAAGCCGUACGGCAAGCCUGGCUACGGCCGCCUGCCGCCGAUGCAGCGGCCGAUGUCGCCAAUUCCACCGAUGAAGGCGAUGCCGCCGCUGCCCCCGAUGCCGUACCCAAAGCCGACGUUUGUGCCGCCGAAGCAGCAGCAGCACAACAAACAGUAUCAGAAGCAGAAGCAACCGCCGUUGCCGCCAAUGCAGCCGGUGUCGAACGCGGUGCAGAACAUAAUAGUCGGCAAGCCGGGGCCGGUGAAGGCGACGUCGCCGACACAGAGCCAGACGCUCAGCCUGGGGCGCACGGACAUUAUCGCAAACCAGGUGGUAAAGAGCCAAAUCACUCUGCCGGGCGGGCCAGGCGCGGACGUAGUCUCUUCAAGCGGUCAGCAGCUGGUGACAGGCUCCUCAGGGCAGAUCAUUCUCGGCAAGCCGAUGGACCACCCGGUACCACUAGACCAGCAGAUGACGCCCACCCAACAUUACUCCGUGAACGCACCCCCCACUUAUCCGACUGACCCUAUUCCCGGGAAACCGAACAUGCAGGAUAAUGAAGUCAAGUCUUCUGAUUUCAUCGGUGAGUCGACGGACCCGUCGCCGAUGCAGCCGGCAGUGAACACCGGGUUCAAGCCGAACACGAUUGUGAUAGAGAGCGGCUUCAAGCCGAUCAUCCGCGAGCCGUUGAUGGACCGCACGGGCGGCGACUACUCCGCUCCUAGUGGCCCGAGCACUGCCAACCGCCGCGAGGAUACUGACGUCGACGUCGACUACGAUGACUCGCCGCAACCCAUCAACAACCACGCCUUCAACACGCCCAGCGAUAAAAUCACACAAUCUUUCGAGCCGAUGUUCAUUCCGUCCCCUCCCGAUACGUUGCUGCCCACUAACGAUAGAACGAAGGAAGUAUUUCCCAGUAAUCACGCCAAAGAAGACAGGCCGCACCCCGUCUAUGUCAAGUCAGACAAUGAAUUGAAUUCGUUGUUCAGCAAAAAGAACAUGGAUAAAGAAGUACCUUCGGACAUGGUCAUGGAAUCUGAUAGAGUUAGUCCUCAUUAUUUGCCCCCAGAUCCUAAGGUACCUAAGGAACCGUCUCAGAAGCUAUCAUCAGCCAACGAAGAGACUUUCACGACAUACGAUGGAAAGAUUGUUUCCGCUGCGACCCUUACGAGUGUUCCUGAUGAGAAACAUACCACUAAAUUGUUUUCUUCUAAACUCCCCGCUACCUCCGAACUAUUACUCAAGGGUCCUCAAUUCGGGCCGUUCCGAGGGGAAAUCCCCCCGGCCGUAGCCGGGUCCAUAAGUAAAACCACCACUGAGAUGGAGAAAGGAACAAAUACUCGUACAAAUCUAAAGCUAGUGAACACCUUCGUUCCACAAGACGACACAGAGCUAGACGCUGAAGGAAGCGAGCACCAUGAUGUGAAACUAUUUCAGAAAGGUGACUUGACGAAAUUCGAACCGGACGAAACAACUAGUGAUGAAACAAAGGAAGACACAACAACCGACAUAGAACUCAUGGGAGCGGUGAAGGGUGAACUGUUGAGAGAAAUAAAAGAAACAAUAGCUGAAGUAAAAGAUGAAACAAAACACACAAAACCGCACAAGAAAGAUAAAGAAGAAAAGAAAGAUGAAUUUACUGAAUCUUCUACAAAGGAAGGGUCGCAACUAAAAACUAAAGCAGCAUUAAGUAGCAAACCGAAACACGCGUACUAUGAGCCUGAUAAGCUGAUGCAGUUCAGUAUGCAGGAUGACUACAUAACCGAUUAUAAUGACGGCGAGGAUAUGUUGAAAAGUAAGAAACGACGAGACCUCACUACUGCAACCGAACAAAGCGCCGAACAAAACGUCAUACGAAACAAGAGGGGGGCUAACAACCAAAUUGAUUUUCAAAUUAAUUCCAAAAGUGUAGCCAGCAGGCUAUGCUGGUCACAUCUACUGCUACUACCUUUAUUUAUUAGAUUCUUUUAACGUUUGCGAGUGUAUUUAUUUAUUUAUUGGAUUAAAUUAUUUGACCUUGCCAUUACAUGCAUUUACGUCGGGUAAGUGCUCGGCUGCGCGCGACGACCUCUCGUCUCCAGCACCUGUUACCACUAAACACACGUCGAUGCAAUUCAAUACUCCGGUAGAAUUAAGGAUUUUGUAAAUAUUUUUAUUACUGAAUAAAAUUAGUAUUAAAGUUUA